AUGGUAAGAACACGAGGUGCAUCUUUUAGUUCUCGUGGGGAGAGUUCUCGAAGAAAGAGUUCUCGAGGAGAGAGUUCUCGAGGAGAGAGUUCUCGAAGAGAGAGUUCUCGAGGAGAGAGUUCUCGAGAACAAAGUUCUCGAGGAGAGAGUUCUGCAGAAGGUUUAGCUAGGAGACGACCUACAGCUUCGGAGGAGGCAUAUCAGGCCUACGAGGGUCCUGUUCAGGAGGAGGCAUUUGAGGCCUCUGAUGACGAUUAUGAGGAGGAGGAACAUGAUGUUCCUGACAUACAGGAGGAGGAUGUCGGUGGAUUUCCUGGAGGUCCACGUGAUGUUUCUUUGCUGACGCACUAUGUUCAGCAUGUUGCUUAUGGUAUUUCACAAGGCCAGAUCUGCUACGAUUACGUUGAUAAGGGCUUGUUGCUCGGAUUCAUAGAGAGGUGGCACUUUGAGACGAGUAGUUUCCAUCUCCCUGUAGGGGAGAUGACGAUCACGCUUGACGAUGUAUCCACUUUACUUCAUCUCCCGGUGCUAGGACAAUUAUGUGAUUUGGAGGAGUUGGAGUUUGAGGAGGCUCGUACAGCCCUCGUAGACUUGCUCGACGUUGAUGGUGGCACAACUGGUGUUGAGAUGGACGAUGCACGUGGUACUAAAGUCAGACUCAGUUGGCUGAGAGACAUAUAUGUUCAUAGGUGUCGGUCACAGGAUUGGGACUAUGCUGCCAGAGCAUAUAUGUUGCAUCUAGUAGGAUGCACCAUUUUUGCAAAUAAAAGUGCCAGUUCUAUACGCGUGUCUUACUUACUAUUAUUUAGAGACGUACACGCGUGUGGCAGAUAUGCUUGGGGCGUUGCUGCACUCGCCCAUUUGUACGAGGAGCUUGGGGAUGCCAGUCUGGCUUCCACGAAGCAGAUGGCUGGAUAUUUGACUUUUUUUCAGAGUUGGAUAUACGAGCAUUUCCCUAGAAUGGGAAGGAGGCGAUUGGUGUCUUCUUAUGAUGACACCACACCACGUGCGACUAGGUGGCAGAGCCCUCGGCAGAGUUCAACUCUUGCAGAGAUUCGGGAGCAGUUGGAUGGCCUGACAUACAGUGGAGUUGUAUGGCAUCCAUAUGAGGCACAUCGGGGCAUUCGUCCAUUAUUCGGAGUUUGUAUGUAUUCUGGAUGGAUUCGGAUUGGUAACAGCCUUUCCAUCACCACCCAUUGUCGUUGCAGAUGCAGAUGUAGUUGCUGUUGA